AUGGCAACGCAUAACCUCUUCGAACGGCCAGGAUUAUUUGACAAUCAAACUCGUUUGAUUUUAUCGGCUGAUGCCAAACCUAAACGUUUGACUCGACCAACGAGUGCCCUAGGACGAAGUUAUUCUCGCGAACGUUUUGAUUCCAAUAGUAGCGCCUCAGACAUAGAAGAGAUCGAUGAGGACUUAGAAAAUAGACCGUCCGAAGAUAAUACCGAUGAAAUUUACACGGAAAGAAAACCGUCCGGUCGACACGAAGAAGUAAAUUAUGAUACAGACAUUGAAGCCGAUCCUGAACUGCCGCGUGAUCAUUCGUGUCGUGCUAUUUAUAUCGACCAAUGCCGUCGCCAUGGUGUUGUGCCAUCGACUCAUUUCUUACGAAGUAUUGAAAAUGACAAUAUGACAAUACGUUACUGUGGUUUAAAACCGAUUAAUAUCAAAGUUAUGGUCGCACCAUUAAAAAUCAAUUCAACAAUUACCAGACUCGAUCUACGAGAUAAUUGUUUGGGCUCGCGAGGUGCAAUCUAUAUAACAAAUUUAAUUAAAGAAAACGGAUAUAUCGACGAACUGAAUCUUGGAAACAAUGACAUUGGUAUUCAUGGCUGUAAAACACUGUGUAAAAUUCUUUGUUCAAAUCGUUCGAUUCGUAUGCUUUAUCUCGAUGGAAAUCGUUUCAAUGACGAGUGCGCACCAUUCUUCGCGGAAGUUUUCGCUCAAAACGAAUGCCUGAAUUAUUUAAAUCUAAAUCGAAAUGCUUUUGAAAACGAGACCACCGGUCGUCUGUUUGGUCAAUCAUUGAUCGAAAAUCAAUCGUUGCAAGAGCUCCAUCUUGCAUGGAAUCAUUUAAGUUCAAGAGCGUGUGGCCUUCUGCUCAAACAACUUGGAACCAAUGCACGUUUAACAACGAUUGAUCUCUCCUGGAAUGCAGCAGCAUUGUUCACCGCGAAGGCAAUGAAUGAUUUACUGAAAAAAAAUACGAUCUUGGAGAAAAUCUAUAUUGAACAUAAUAAGAUCGAUACUGAAUGUGCGACGUAUAUUGGGAAAGGUCUAGCAAAGAAUGAAACCUUGAAAUUCUUAUCAUUAAAUGGAAAUCCAAUGGAGUCAAGCGGUUGCUAUGCAGUGUUAAAGCCACUCUUAAAACAUCCGACAUGUACACUUCAAUCGAUAUCGUUAAUUGGUAUUAUUGUAAAUCAAGAUUUUCUUGAUUUAGUAACUGAAGUUUCCGGUGUUCUACCGCAAUUAGACAUUAAAAUUGGUAGAGAACAAGAGCAAGAGUUUGAAUAG